UUUUGGUUAGCACGUCGUUGCACAAAAAAUUGAAAGUUUUUAACAAUUUUUGAACUCUUUUCGUGUGUUUUGCUUUAAAGAAAAAGCUGAUAAGAACAAAUACAAGUCUUUUGCAACUCCCGCCGUCGUUCCCUUUGCAAAAGAGGGUCGGAACAGCGGAAGAAACGCAAAAAAAGAGUUGAAAUUGUGUGGUCUUCUCGAGUCGUUCAUCAAUGAGAGGAGAACAAAAGCCUGAUUAGCGUAGCGGAUGCUGCUUAUUUUCGCUGGUGUGGGCGUUCGGACGACGUUGGUGUCAACGGUGGCGGUCAAUUGUUGCAGAUUCUGAGACGAUUCGGCGCGAUUGUCUUUCACUUUCGUUGCCACAAGUGGCGUCACACGUUCUCCCCCACCACCGGAAUUCCGUCGACGGAUCCAAGGACAACCAGGUGUAGGUCGGGUUGUCCGCGGCUAGCAAACGAGACAGCAAAGGCCGCAAACGCACGAUGAUGCACAUGACCUUUUGGUGGGGCUCGAACGUGGGCGAUGUGUUCUUCAGUGGAUUGACGGUUAAUGGUACGGGUGCCAUGGUGGCACUCUGCCUAACGCUCACCCUCCUCUCCGUGGCGUACGAAGCGUUUAAGAUCCAUGGGGCCAAGGUACGGGCGCGAACGGCGCGAGAACGGGUACGGGCGGCUUCGUGUCCACCGAGCGAAAGUGCCACCUUGCUCUCGCUGGAAGGGGCCGGCAGUAGCCACGCCGGACCAUCCCGGAUGGCGGGCGGUGGUCCAAUGUCGAAGAAGAUCGUGCUGCUGCUCUCCGAGGCGAUCGUCUUCCUCUGCCAUAGCGUGCUCGGUUAUGCGCUCAUGCUGACGGUCAUGCUGUACAAUGGGUACCUGUUUGUGGCCGUCGUGGGCGGAAUGGGGCUCGGGUACUUCCUGUUCGGCCAUCUGUCGAUGAAGGUGAACAUGGAGAACUUCCAGGCGCACCAGAACAAAGUGAUCUGUACCUCGCGCUGCCUUCAGCAAGAAUCUGUUAAUCCCUCCGCAUCUACAAGCCUCGAUCACCGUACCAUGCUGCACGACGAUUCGACAGCACACGUUUCCCCGGCAACGGCCUCCGGUUCCAGUGUUCCGGCGAUGACGGUUUGCCACUAGAAGGAAUCUUUCUCUUCCAGCUGCUUAGGAUAACGCACAAACAAACCAUCCACCGAACCCCGCCGAACAGAAAGACGAUAGUACCCAUACCUGGCGGAAUCGCCACCGCCAAAGUGAAGUGAAAACUGUGAUUCUAGGGAGAGACGUCCAAUCAAUCGCCAAACCCGCAUUUUCGGUUUGUGUUUGGUUUUGCCGCGUGCCGAGUUGUGCCAAGAAGCGCGACAAUUUGCUGCGCUCCCAAACGUACGACCCCCCAUUGACAAUAUUCUAAACAUUGAGUGCUAUCCGUACCACGCGUUUUUUUAUAUAGGCGUCCUUUGUCCGCAAUACGCAAUUGUUCCGUUUGUGAUAUUUUGUUUGUUUGACCGACCGGUUUUGUUAGUUUUAUGAAGAAGAACAAAAAAUAUGCGUCUUUUAUUGGUGAAAAAUUUUUAUGCGAUGAGAGAUAUAUAUAUAUACGUAUUGUUUCAAUAAAAACCCUAAAAA